AUGUUGAUGGAACUUCCCUUGGAAAUACAGAUGAAGCUACUAUACAUGGUACCUCAAUCUAACUUGAAGUACAUCAAUUCCCAUUACUACACCUUGUAUAAUGACUUGUAUUACCACAAGAUUGUUGCCAUUUUUGGUGAGGACACAAUUAAUGUUAUAAUCAAGAUAUUACCCUGGCUUAAACCAUAUAUCAAAUCACUAGAUUCAUUUCGGUAUGCCAAUAGAAUGAUUAUUGCCAAAAGGUUGGAAUUGGUUGAUAAUUUGAAUAAGGAAGAUGAUCAUGUUGCAAUCAAUGAUAGCACCGGUAGCUUCAGAGCUAUUACAACAAGUCCUGAUCAUGUUGAAUCAAUUAAACAGGAGUAUUGUAAUGGAAAAGUAUACAAUGGAGCAAAUGAGGUGGAAGAGGGUCAGGAUAAGCAAUACACGCAACUACUGACUCCCCCAUCUACCAAUAAUCCUCUUAAUGUUCAAUAUGUUAAAGAUUCUUGGAAAUAUAUUUAUUCUAUAUUGAGAAACAAGAGAUUGUAUGCCGAGUAUUCCGAUUAUCAAAUUGAUGAACCAAGAAAUUAUGUUUACAACCAUUUUGUUGAAAUCAAUCGAACUUAUUUGUUGAGUUAUUCUAAAGAUGUAUGGUUAGCUCCAGGACAAUAUAAUUUAAAUAUGGGAUUAGCAGUCAAAUAUGGUCAUGGGUUGGGCACCACCAAAUUUGAAAUUAAAUAUAGCAUUGACGAUGAAGAAGAGGAAAAGAAAGCAGCGGUACAAUUUGAUGAAUCUGUUUUGGGGGAGGGGGUAGAGGAGGAUGCAGAAGCAGAAUUAUCAGAAGCGGAAGUAGAAAUGGAUGGAAUCAGAGCUUCUCAUGUCAACAAUCACAAUACUACCAAUCGAAAUGCUCAAAACAUCGGGGUUAUUCCAGCCAGUGGUAGUGUCAAUGGUGGCGGUGUAGAUAGAAGUGUUAACGGUUAUAUGGAUCAGACGGUAGAUGCCACUACAAAUGAUCACGUAUCAAUCAACAACAACACUUUUCAUGUCUCAAAAAAUAGCACUGUAACUAAACUGUUUUAUCCUCCAACAAAUAUCAAUGAUAUUUUGCCCAAGAAUCAAUUUUGCUUCCUCCGAGUGGCCCAAUUCACUAUCCCUCCUAAAGAUAAUCAAGAAUCCAAACGAAAUAAGUUGCGCAAAGUGACUAUAAGGAUGGAAGAGAUUGGAUUAUAUUUGAAGAGUGGAUUUAGAAUAUAUUUCAUUGAUAUUAGUCAGCCAUCCAUGUUGUAUGAUGAAUAUGAUUUGCUUUAUUAUUCAAUCAGGCAAACUGAGUACAAGUAUUUUAUCAAUAUUUUAUUGAAGAAUUUAUAUAAAGCAUUGAAUUAUGUUCAAAAUGGGGGGGACAAACUCGGUGGUGGUAAGUAUGGUACUGGUGAUCCUUAUGACUUGUGGGAUCAAUUUGAUAAAUCAUUCUUGAAGGAUUACUGUGAAGAAAUUGUUAAUGAUUCAAACUCAGCAUCGAUCAUUGAAGAAGUAGCACGAGAUACACAUCACCACAAGAGAUCAUCCUCUGUUUUAUCUGGUUCAGUUUCAGCUACUUCCUCGUCUUCAUCGUUAACUUCUCUACACACACCUUUCAAGUAUGAUUUAAAGAAAUUGGCUAAUUACGCCAACUUUUACUUCAGGAAUAUGACCGAUACCAAGAGAAAUUAUAAGUUUAGCACAAUUUAUCAACAACGACAAUUUAUCAACCGAUUUGGUGAUUACAGCUUGGAUUUGAUAGGGCAACUAAAUCAACCGGCGCAACCGUUAAGAGAUUCAACUCAUGCUGCUUUACCGCAAGAAAAUCAAGUAUCAAAUGGGAAAGAGAGGCCAGGUGUAGAUGCGAAUGAUGAUGUUAGAGCGUGGCAAGUACCUGAAUCAAAGUGCAGUUAUGACAAAUUAGGAUUAAAGUGGAAAAUACCAAUUGUUGGAGAGCUUUAG